GUGUAACAGCAUCUCCCAAAUAAAUGCGAUAGAGAAGACGGGCCCUGCAAAAUGUCAGCAGCUGCUGUGUGAAGGGACCUGUGGUCUGCAGGUUCAAGAAUUCAGGUUAAAGAGACUCCAGUUAAAGAAUGAAACAAAUCCAUUCAAACUUCACAGCCCUAUGACACAAAUAUGAUUAUACCCACUUUCACUGAUGAUAAACAGAAACUCAGAGUCAGCUAUGAAUGAGCUACCUACUCAUUUAAUACAGAUUCUAUAUUCAAAUUCAGAUCUACUGGUUCUAAAAUCUGUGAUUUUUGCACAAAACUGAAGCUUUUGUAAAUAGCAAGGUGAGAGGAAGUGCCAUCCAAGUGUAGGUGAUGAGAAGGGAGUGAGCCUAAGAAAAAGGCAUUUGUCCGGUGACCCAGGUGAUAAAGUCUUUGCCAAGGGCAUUAUGAGGAGCAGGGACUGUAGCUAUCACUUGCCAAGUCCCAUGGACAAAAGAGAAGAAGACACCAAGGAGAAGAAAAACUGAAAACAAAAGCAGCAUGUGCUCGAAUCAUGUUAGCAGCUUCAACCUGUUUGUCCUGGGGGGAAAGCAAACUGGAAACUUUUUCUUGUCUUAACAGUGCUGAUCAUCAAGUACUAUCAAAUUUUGCACAGACUAUGCCAAAUUGUCUACUGUGAAACAGUAUGAGAGAAGAUUCUCUAAGCUUCCAUGAGACCGUGUUUUAUACUUCUCCCCUGUGUGUUUCCAAAUUCCUAACAAUUAGAUACAGGAGUAUUCAUUGCAAAACAAAACUAUUCUCCUCACUUCUCAGACCACCUAGUGGCUUUUCAAGAAGGAUAUAGAAUAUGUAAAAUUAUGCAACUGUAAAAAAUUUUAGUAAGAAUUUAAUAACAUGCUGAUUUCAGUGCUUCGAUUAAUUACCUCCCUUGGAAAUCCACUCUUAUUUUCUCCCCAGGUAGUUGAAGAAGAAAAAAUAUGAUACAAUGGAGCAGGGAAAUUACACCAGAGUGAAAGAAUUUAUUUUUCAAGGACUGACCCAGUCCCGAGAGCUGAGUUUGCUCUUAUUUCCUUUGUUAUUUUUGGUGUACAUGUCAACUGUAAUGGGAAACAUCCUCAUCAUGGUCACUGUGACCUGUGAGUCCCGCCUUCACACCCCCAUGUAUUUCCUGCUCCGCAAUCUCUCAGUCUUGGACAUCUGCUUCUCCUCCAUCACUGCUCCCAAGGUCCUCGUGGACCUUCUGUCAAGGACAAAGACCAUCUCUUUCAAUGGUUGCAUCACUCAGAUGUUCUUCUUCCACCUUCUCGGUGGGGCAGACAUUUUUUCUCUCUCUGUCAUGGCCUUCGAUCGCUACAUGGCCAUCUCCAAGCCCCUACACUACGUGACCAUCAUGAGUAGGGGGCGAUGCACUGCUCUCAUUGUGGCCUCCUGGGUGGGGGGCUUUGUCCACUCCAUCGUGCAGAUUUCCCUGUUGCUGCCCCUCCCCUUCUGUGGACCCAAUGUCGUUGAUGGCUUCUACUGCGAUGUCCCCCAGGUCCUCAAACUCGCCUGCACCAACACCUUUGCUCUUGAGGUCUUAAUGAUUUCCAACAACGGUUUGAUCUCUACACUAUGGUUUGUCUUCCUUCUUGUGUCCUACACAGUCAUCUUGAUGAUGCUGAGGUCUCACGCUGGGGAGGGCAGAAGGAAAGCCAUCUCUACCUGCACCUCCCACAUCACUGUGGUGACCCUGCACUUUGUGCCCUGUAUCUAUGUCUAUGCCCGGCCCUUCACUGCCCUCCCCAUGGACAGAGCCGUAUCCAUCACCUUCACGGUCAUCAUCCCUGUCCUGAACCCCAUGAUCUACACCCUGAGGAACCAGGAAAUGAAGUCAUCCAUGAGGAGACUGAGGAGAAGACUUGGACCUUCCGAAAAAGAAUAGAUGCUAUGAAAUCUAGAUUGAAAGUCAAAACUGAAAAGUAUUUCCUCACAACACAGUAGAAGACCAUCUUGAGACCGAAGUUCUCCCUUUGUCCCUCAGCAGCAUCCUUUAAUAAGGGUGGCCUGAAACAAUCUUUUCUGAAAGGUUUUAUCUUGGUGAGAUUGUUGACAACUAAGAGUCUCAGACCCAUAAAUUGUCAGCUCUUAAUGAGACUCCAAAGAUUACAUCACCCAAACACCUCAGGUGAGCUUUACAGGUGAGGAAAUAAGUUCUGUGAGAAAGUUACCUCUCAGAACCCAGGGAUCAAGAGUCACAUAAUCUUCCCACUGAGCCAGCCAGGCACCCUAAGACUAUGAGCUGAGGUAAGUUUCAUGCUUUAUCAAAGCUUCCCUAGCUAAUGAAUGGCAGAGGCACGGCUAGAUCUGAGAUAUCUGAGCCUCAGCUAAGUGCAUGUUUCACUAGUCCUGCUGCCUCAUACUGGAUUUUCUAAGGUCUGAAAUAAGCUCAUCCAUAAAAAUUUCUCCUCUAUUGUAGUAUUACGAAAGGUGCUUGCAUGUCUUCAUCAGACCAAAGAGUAGAUACCUUAGGCUUCAGGCCCCUCUAAGAAUUUCAACAUCAUUUUCCAGCCAUUCAUUCCCAGCCAGCCCUCCAGAGAAAGCAAUCCUAUCCUGUGCCCAUUGCUGGAAUGUACCUGACUCAAGUCCACAAGAAGCAAAGGCUGAAGAAUAAAUGACUUUUCAUUAUCCAGGCUUCCUUUUUAAGAGAACAGAAAACAAUAUCAUAUUUGAGUUGGUCUUCUGACAACCUGUUAAUUUGUCAAGCAAAGAAAUGAAAUUGGUAGUUAGCUAAAAUUCGGAUUGCAUUUGGAUCUCAGUCUUCUCUCCCAUGCAGUCUCUGAUGGAUGUGUGAAGUAAGGGAAGUAAAGAGCCAUUUACGUAGCCUGAUUCUGAGAAAAACGCAAGCUAGGGAAAACUGCUCCAAAAUACAGCCAAUCCCAAACAUCUCUAUCCCGGCCUCGUGUUCCUCCCUCGGUGCUGGCCCCAUAUCCCUAUUGUGGAAUAUUUUGUAAGUUAGACAUAACUCAUAGGGUUAAGUUAGAUAGAAUGCCACCACUUUGGAAGUUAGAUAUAUCUCUGGAUGGUCACAGCAAGCUGCUGGUGGUGAUGGUGGAGAGGGGGCAUCUCUGAGUUUAUCCUCAGUGGUUCCUCUCAGGGGAUUGGCUUAUUGGACUAGUCAAAGGCACCAGGUGUCCUCCUAGAGGAGAUGUAGAACAGGAAAGCUGCAGUGCAUGGAUAUGAGGGGUGAGUCCAAGCUCAGGCUGUCAAAGGUAGCCCAGGAGACCCAGGUACAGAAGGAUGGAACAUUUCUGCACAACAAAGCAAGGCAGAAUUUAUUAACAAAAUUCACAUUAGCUAAUGCCAGAUCCUUGACUCACGGGUGCUUUACUAAAGUCGGAAGAUCUUUUGAAAAAUCUGCAUUUGCUUCUUUGGGGCUGAUUAUGACCUCCUGCCUAGAAUUAAAACCAUUCACCUCAGUUUUGACUUCAGCCUUGACUUUUAUAUCUAAUCACUCACAUAUCAAAAACAGCAAGAACAGUUCAAACUUCCCUUUGAACCAAAUACAGAAUCAUAUUCUGCCCUAACCAGUAUGUUCUUUUGUCAACAGUAGUAGAUAUUUUCUUCCUUGUAAAUCAUUUUUUUAAAAAUUUUAUUAUUUAAGCAUGAUUGAUAUACAAUGUUAUAUUAGUCCCAGAUACACCACAUAGUGAUUCUCAAUUCUGUACAUUAACCACACUCACCAGAAUAAGUGUACUCUCCACCUGACACCGUGUAAAGUGAUUACAAUAUUAUUGACUGUUCUCCCUACACUGUACUUUUCAUCUCAGUGACUUAUUCAUUCUAUAACUGGAAGUUUGUAACUCUUAAUCCCCUUCACCUAUUUUCUUCAUCCUCCUACCACCACUUGCAAAUAAUUUUUUAUU